AUGUCUGAGUUCAAGAUUAAGAGUGGUCUAGCGCAAAUGUUGAAGGGUGGUGUCAUCAUGGAUGUGGUGACACCGGAGCAAGCUAUCAUUGCUGAAAAGGCUGGUGCUUGUGCGGUUAUGGCGUUGGAGCGGAUUCCUGCCGACAUGCGUAAGUCUGGACAGGUGUGCCGUAUGUCAGAUCCAAAGAUGAUCAAAGAUAUCAUGGCAGCUGUUAGCAUCCCGGUGAUGGCCAAGGUGCGUAUCGGCCAUUUUGUCGAGGCACAGGUUUUGGAGGCGCUCGAGGUUGACUACAUCGACGAGAGUGAAGUGUUGACUCCAGCUGACUGGCAGAAUCACAUCAAGAAGAACGAGUUCAAGGUGCCAUUUGUGUGUGGAGCCAAGGACCUGGGCGAAGCUUUGAGGAGGAUCAACGAGGGUGCUGCUAUGAUUCGUACCAAGGGCGAAGCCGGUACCGGUGACGUCUCGGAGGCCGUUAAGCACAUCACCAAGAUCAGGGGCGAGAUCGCAGAAUACAAGGGGACUUUGAAGACUGAGGAGCAGCUUGCCGAGAAGGCUAAGGAACUAAGAGUGCCAGUUGAGCUGUUGAAGGAGACACUGGAGCAAGGGAAAUUGCCAGUGGUCAACUUUGCCGCUGGCGGUGUGGCCACCCCUGCUGACGCUGCUCUCUUGAUGCAGUUGGGUUGCGAAGGUGUCUUUGUUGGAUCAGGUAUUUUCAAGUCUUCGCACCCAGAAAAGUUGGCACGCGCCAUCGUGGAAGCUACCACUCACUACAGCGACGCUAAGAAGCUGUUGGAGGUGUCCAGCGACCUAGGUGAAAUGAUGGGCGGUGUUUGCGUCGAAUCGAUUAAGCAAACCGACAAGAGACUGGCUGAAAUCGGCUGGUGA